AUAAUUCCCUUGAUUCGUCGACUGACGACAUGAGUAGGUUGAGCUUGGGUUUGGUCAUACUUCUUUUCUCCAUCUGUCACGGCCAGCUGUUAACUUACCUUCAACUACCAAAACAUGACGGUGUCAAACGUGUCUGCACCAUAGGAGCAGACAAUUUCACGUCUGUUGUCAGUUCUGCAGAAAUAGUAGUCGUCGCUUUCACGACGACACAUCAAUCUACUGGAUGUUCUGACGAUUUGGACAGCUUCACCCAAGUGACUGCCCAAGUCCUGCGUAAAAGAAAUGUUCUAAUCUGUGAAGCUGACGUUUCUGUCAUCAAAGAAUUCUUAGCAGAUGAACAAUUAAAAUCUGGAGAUGUAUAUAUUUACAAGAAUGCCAGAAAGUACCGUUAUUUUGGACAUCGAUCAGCAAAUUCUCUCUUGCCGUUUAUACUCAAGUUGAACUCAACUCAAAUAAAUAUCAUUACGGGAAAAUUGGACAAAAUAGCUUUUGAUGCUGUUGAACAACCGCGAGUUGUUGGAUUCUUUAUGAAGAAUACCGCUGAUUACAAAGCAUUCGAAGAUGCUUCUUCUCAAUUCAGCCCCGAAGUCCCAUUUUAUGUCGUGUUUGAUCGAACGGUUGCCAAGCAUCUGAAACUUGAUACAGUUGGACAAAUAAACUUGUAUCGUCCUCUAGAAAAAACUCCCAUACCCUGUCCAGUCAAUCCAGCAUCUGUUGAAGAUAUCCGAGCAUUUAUACAAGGUCAUAAAGGGGCUGUACUCACUAAACUGACGGAGCAUAAUCUUCACGAUCCUUCACUUUUUGAUGAAAACCGGAUUCUAGUCUUAUCUAUAGGAGAGCAGCAGUCUCCAAUAGGAGCUUAUUUUUACCGUCUCUUAUCCAAAAUAAUCCGCAAUAACACCAACAACACGGAAUUCCAGCAAUUAAAUAUUGUCUGGAUAGAACCUGAUACUUUUCCAGCUAUGCACAUUAUGAUGGAUGUAUUGGAGAGCACAUUAGGGAUACCUCCUAUAUUACCUGCCUUUGGAACUGUCAAUUUAACUACGAAUGAAAAUGCCUGGUUUAACACGUCUCUGCUCAACACUACUGGAGAUAAAAAUGCAGAGAAAGAAAAUAUACAACUGUUAAGUGACUGGUUAAGUUCAGUCAUCAAUAAAACCGUUCAGACCGUUAAGUUGGUGGGAAGACAGUCGUUUCUUCAAUUACCACAGUCUCAAUCUGUAAACGAAGGAGACUCAGUUACAUUGGAGUGCGUGGUAGAGAACCCAAUUGGGGAUUGUGUAUGGCUGAAAGACGGGCGAAACAUCGGUUAUAAUUUCGUCAAACACAAGCAUUUACAAUGGGUUGGUGAUACUUCCGCAGGUGUUUGCAGUCUUAGGAUAAUUUCAGUAGAAAAAAGUCGAGACGAAGGUCAAUGGGUGUGUGAAAUAACCGGAGACGAAGAAAAUCCAACAAUUACUUCGACUCCAGUGAAGUUAACAGUUGUACCAUUGGAGAAAGUAGCUGUAAAGACCGAAGAAUUAUGAAGAAUUUCUAUUAUAAAAUUAUUAUUUUUUAAAAAUUUCUCUAAUGUUUUAUAAAUUAUUAUUAUUUUUCAAUAAAAAUCAAAUUUUUUUGUA